GUAGCUAGCCAUACAUUCCUUAUCAAAUUGCAUGCAGCCUUUUGUCUUGGUUGAAGAACAAAAACAGAAACCAAUAAUAUACCAUGAACGCUCUCCUCUCAAGCUCAACCUCUCUCUGCAACUCUCACAUUUUGAAGCUGACAUCCAAACCCACAAGUUUCAGGCUAUCAUUACCAUGCAAUACCAAUACUACCCAGUACUUGGGCUGCGACAGCUUGAGCUUGAGAAGACGAGCCAGCAACAAUGCAAAUGAAGUGGAUACGCAGACAACAAAAGAAGAUCAGGCAACUGAAACAAGUAAUCAAGUCUCCAGUUCAUCAUCUGCUGCCCCACCUGCACUUGAUAAAGACCUCAAAAAGGUAGUUCAAAAGACUGCUGCUACCUUUGCACCCCGAGCUUCCACAGCUACAAAAAAUCCUGCUGUACCAGGAACUACCUUGUAUACUGUUUUUGAGGUUCAAGGCUAUGUCUGCAUGUUGUUAGGUGGAGCUCUUUCUUUCAAUCUCAUUUUCCCAUCAAACGACCCUGACAUUUGGAGAUUGAUGGGAAUGUGGUCCAUCUGGAUGUUCACAAUUCCCUCCCUUCGCGCCCGGGACUGCUCCAAGAAUGAGAAAGAGGCUCUUAAUUAUCUAUUUCUACUCGUUCCCUUACUCAAUGUAACAAUCCCCUUCUUUUGGAAGUCCUUUGCAGUAGUAUGGUCCGCCGAUACCAUUGCCUUCUUUGGAAUGUAUGCAUGGAAGCUGGGAUGGCUCCAGAAAACAGAGUAGCUGGGGAUUCAACAUCUCUUCCUUUUCUUGUUUGGAUCGUUUGAUGCAGAUGAGACAGUAACAAUGCUUAGACCUGCAAUUGAAUUGCCUUACUACACUACGGGCAUGGAGAUAGCUCGCGGUGAUUGCACAGCAGGAGGUGCCUUCUGUCAGUAAGAUGGAGAUGCCUGUCUUUUCUUGUGGAGUGUAAUGACAAAUCCAUCUUGAUUUUAUUGACUCUUAUCCCGGGGGCUUGCUAGCUUCUCGUCUUCUCUUAUUUUAUGAAGUGGAUUCGAUUCACUGUAAGUGAUACCAUGUACACGAUACCUUUGCUAAAAGACGUAACAUGACAGUUCAUUAGCAAAAUAGACCUGGAAAACGAUAAACCAGCAUAUUCAUGGCAGGAGGCUAUGCAAUUUGGCUGUUGGAAAUCUGUGUAAAUGUGGACUGAAUGGCAAAUUGUAUAGAUCGUUUUACCUUUAUCA